AUGGCGCCAGCACUCCAACAAACCAGCGCCACACCCGCUUCUAUUACAUCCACACCAUUCCUAGCACAAAUUCCAACCGCAUCCGCAACCGCGACGGUAAAAGCAAUUGCAAAACCAAUCAGUACACGCAUCAACGCCAUUGUAUUACCCGCAAGCGAGAGCCAGAUCCAGAGCGAGAGUCAAAGUAAACCUCUCCCUACCACUUCACAAAUCGUCUCUAUAGAAGUUUUGCCUUCGAUUUCUUCAUCUACAUCUACAUCUUCAACUUCAUCUAAAGCUAUCCCUACAUCUACAUCUACUUCUGGUAUUUCACAUACUGGUACUGCAAAUCCACAUCCAAUACAACAGCAACAAAUAAACCCCUCUCCACACAGUCAUCGUCAUCUGGCGGCACAAUCUUUACAGUUAUUUGCGUCAUAA